GCCCGCGGCUGGUCGUAGCUGGCUCUUGUAUCAGUGGCAGCCGACAUCGCGCCCCGGCUGGCCGGUCCCUCGUAACAUAUUAUUCACGCGUUUGUGCAACUUUAAACAUGUUAUCGACAGUGCUACUUAUAGCUUUACCUUUGGUUACCGCUGAAAUACCUUCCUACAUCAAAGUAUGCCAGCGAAAUGAUCCUAAUGUGGAUAAAUGCAUCAUGAAUUCCGUAGAAGAACUGCGGCCAAAGAUGAUUAAGGGUAUUCCCGAAUUGGACGUGCCUGGUAUAGAGCCGCUCAGCCUCGGCCAGAUCGCACUUGCGCGGGGUCCGCAGGGCGCCAAACUCACUGCGGUCGUCAAUGACGUCAAAGUGCGAGGUCCCAGUAACUUCAUCAUUGAGGAGCUAAAGUCAGACCUUGACAACAAUCGGUUUGACUUCAAGCUGCUCCUGCCACGGCUGGACUUCAAUGGCAAGUACAAGAUGGACAUCCAAGUACUGUUGCUGCGUCUACAGGGUCGCGGCAAUAUCACUGGCUCCUUCAAGGAUUACGCUUGCAACGUGACCAUGAGAGGACACAAAGAGAAGCGCGGAGACGAUGAAUAUUUAACAUUCGAUCCAUUCAAAGUCAAGCUUCGUGUUGGAGAAUCUUCAAUAUACCUGACGAAUCUCUUCGACGGUGAUCCGAUCCUGGGACCCGCUACAAACAGGGUCAUCAACGAAAACUCUCAAGUAUUCCUACAAGAAAUAAGUCCUGUCUUAGAACGCAGCCUUGGGGAACUCUUCACGGAAAUGGCGAAUAAAAUAACAUCAAAGUUCACGUACAAAGAACUGUUUCCUUGAUUCGAGUUAUAGCGGUUUUUAGUUUAGAUUGUGUGUGAUUAUAUUUUUUUCUUGUAAAUUGCUGGUACACAUUUUAAAAGUAUAAAUAUCGUUUUCAUAGUCCCAAUUUGUCUCUGCUGUGUAAGAUUUUUGGUUGUAAAAUGAUACGUAACAGUUGUAGCAGCUGUCAGUGACUUUUCUUUGAUCUUUGUCAUCAGUUUAACCAAGUAGGGUGACUAUAAAUUGAAUAUUCCAAAUAAUUAAUUUGAUAUUAGCAUAAUUUUUUGUUACAACUUUCAGUUGUUUUUGGAAUAAAAUUUAAAUUUAAUUACAUCAUCACAGUACUCUAAAUUCCAGCAUUUUAAUAAAUACUAGUUUUUUUUUGUAUUUAUUAUAUAUUUCAUAUUGGUUUUGAAAUUAAUUAUAAGUUUAUUUUUAAUUUUUAAAUGUGAUAGUAAUAGUUAUGAAUAAUGUAACCAUCAACACGUUGUAAAUUAUGAUUAAAAAAAAUCUCUUAAAUGACAUUAGUAAGUGUAAUUUAAUUUCAAAUUAGUUCGAUUUUUUUUGUUUUUAGUCGUAGUUUAAGUUAAAGACAUCUCUAU